CCUUUCUCGUUUAUUCUAUGGCAAAAGGAGUGCUAAGCUUAGCACUUCCCCACCUUUCAUUCCAGCUGAGGAACUUGUAAUUAAGUUGGAUUUGAUUUCUGAGAGCAUCCUCCAUGCAGGCAUCAUGGCAAACAUGUCAAAAAUAGAGCUGCUGCUUGUUUGCUCUGAGAAACACAGAUCUAAUGCCUGCCAGGCAUAACUCCACCAGUUGCACCCACCCAGGGCUUAUCUGCUGCUGUGGCAAGUGAGAGGGAAAAGUGCCCUUCACAAAGCAAACAUAGCCAUGUCAGGACUGACCCUAAAUCCUGCUAAUCCAACCCCUCUCCUGUUAUGUGGCAAAAGGGAUACCCUAAUGAAGAAAGGGACUUUCCUGAAAUGAGUCUGGCCCCUAGUCCUCGGGUGAGCUCAUCCCUGUCAUUUCCCCCAAAGCAAGAAAUGCUUCUGUAUAAGUUCAAGGCAGGGAAGGCCACUGUGUUUGUUCUUUUCCCUGGUAAAAAUAAAUAACAUUCAUUAGUGCAUGCCCACAGAAGAGAUGGGGGAACUGUGCCAGCAGGCAUCAAGCUUUGUCAGUAUAUUUCUCUGUUCUCCAGCUCAGGACCUUCUUGAGCGAAAAGUGUUGCCUUGGCAAUUAAUAGCUCUUGUUUGUUUUUAACUUCUACAAAUUUGUCCAAUCACUUUCAGAAUAAGUGAAACCAAAAUUUUGAGUAAUGACAUUAGCAAUAUCUCCUGGCAAAGAUUUACACUGUUUCAAUAGAGCUGUGUGGGAAAGCAUCUCUGGUUUUAAGAAGUCAACUGUUAAUUUAAUUUACUGACUGGUAUGCUUAAUAAACUUAGUAGAGAAAAUUUAGGCCCCCAAACUGUGGUGUCUGUCACACAUGGAUCAUAGAGUGUACCUUAGAGGAUACUUACAUCUUUUCCCAUACCCAUAGAACUAGUAUUUAAUGGCAGUCUGUUUCCCUAGAGCAAGAAAUAAAGCUACAGGUAGGUCUGUGUGCCUGCAGAAUUGUUACCCACUGCACGUCUAAUUUUCAGGAUAGGUAUGGAGGGUGUUUUGUCAAUCUGCUACUUAAUUAGGUUGGAAUGAAUAAAUAUAUUUAACAACUGUCAUUAUCUAAUGCUCAUAUAUUUAAUAAUUGUCAUGAUCUAAUGCUCAUCUGCUAAUGUAUUAACAAAUACCUCAUAAAAUAGGAGUAGGGUUUAGGACUCUUUUUCUGUGGCAGAAGGUAUGAUGUUCAGGUGUUACAAAGAUAAAUUACUUGUCAGUAGAACUGCCUUGCUGAGGUUUAGAGCUUGGAAUGUUUCAAUAAUCUCAGCUCCAGAGGGACGUUAACAAACUUUGGGAGAAGGAUGUACUAGUGAUAGUGGAAAGAAAGAAUGCAGAAUUUACAAGCCACAAGGACAUUUGGCAGAACUCCCAAGAUACGGAAGAAACUAACAAAACCAACUCAGUAAUUCUGCUGAAGUCAGCCCCAAGUACAUAGAAGGUAAUUCUGGCCAGGGGAGAUUGUGACCACGAAAUUCACCAACUCGAAAGAAGAGGGACUGAGCAUGUAGACUGUAAUAGUAGAUAGGAUACUAAUUAAUCAGAGAAUUAUGUAACUUGUAGACAAUUAAUAUCAAUGCCUUUGUUUACUAAAAUGUAUGAAUAGCAAUAGUUUUUGGUAGUCAUUGUGCUGGCUUAGUGGAUUUGACACCCAGCAGUCUAUUUUGUGCAGAAUUGUACAAAAAUCAAAUACCUCACCUCUCUGUGGGGAUCGGCCUCUAAAAGAACCCGUUUUGGGAAAACAGACAUGUUUUCAGCAGCUUUACUCCCUUGGUACCUCCACUGUAAAUUGAUUUUCAAAAUAUUUGGCUGCUUUUCCUGUAUGUGUAAUUUCCUUAAAACAUUUAACAUCUUCACACCACCACACGUAAUGUCAACUUCUUGAAGGCAAAUUCAAGGGUGUCUGGAAAACAAUGCAUUAACUCGGACUGAAGUGUGAAGUAUGUAUGAAUAAAAGUAAUUCCUUUUAACGGUCACAUUUAACUGUCUUUGUCACAGCUGAAAACUAAAAACCCUAAUUUUUGGGUGGCGUACGUUCUUCAGAAGAGCCCUCGGCCUUUUUUGAGGCAUUCCAGGAGCGGUUUAGCACUGUGGGGCUGGGGGCCGGUGGCGGCAGCAGCGCCUCACCGUUGGUCGCUUCCAGCCCGAAGGCAGCGGCGAGGGCGCACAGGCGGCGCCGCUCUCCGCCGCCGGCCCGCGGGGCGGGGAGAGGGGCGGGCCGCCCGCCGGAUGCGGCAUUCGAAAGUCGCUUGGCGGGGGGCGCUUCCUUUCCCCCUCUUCCUCCGCCGGGGGUCCGGCGGGGCCGUGCCGGGCCGCGACGCCGCUUCUCGGGGCAAGUACGAGCCUUGGCCGGUAAGGACUUACGGAAGGGAAAUACGGGUGCGGACUCUGCUCGGUGUCGCUCUCUUCAGUGAUGGCAGCGUGGGAGGCCGCCGAAAUGUCCUUCUUCAGUCUGAGCGACGUGAGAGAGCGGAUGCGGGAGAAGAAAAAGGGUGCCUUGAGGACUGCGAAAUUGAAUGCCUCGCUUGCAUCCAAAAUCAAAACGAAGAACAUCAACAACUCCUCCACUAUGAAAGUCUCUCUAAAGCAGAACAAUAAAGCAUUGGCUCUGGCCCUCAAUGCACAGAAAGCCAAUGCACAGCGGCUCACUCAGGAGAAGACCAUUUUACAGAAGGAGGUGAAGCAGUGCCACUUCCAGAACGCUGUGCUGCGGCACAGGCUCUCCUUCCUGAAUGAUAUGUUGAAAAAAAUGGACAAUCUUAUGGCUGCAGUUAAGAUGGCUGAGCUGUCUGAGUUCCAUACAAAUUCUGCAUCCUUGUCCACUGGCCAGAAGAGCAUCAUGACUGAAGAUAGCUGGGCUGAUGAUAUUGUAGAUGGUCAGCUUCUAAGGGUUACACAGAUACCGAUGAGAGUGCCCAUUUCCAAGCUGCAUGAUGCAGAGCAGCAAGCUGGCAGCUCCACAGCACUAUGGACAUCCUCAGGAGAACUUCAGAGACCUGCUUCUAAUGCAGGAGAACUUCAGAGACCUGCUUCUAAUGAGGCCCUGAAAAUUGUGCCUGUUGCCUCCAAAGAUACUUUGCCACCACAGCACAAUGAGAAGCCUCAGUUCCACCAGGAAGAGAAUGGCAAAAAGGUGACUGAAGCAAUGGCAACAGAGGGGGCUUUUAAUGACUCUCACAUCUUUGGAGCAGAGGUCUUGUGCAGCACUGAACAAAAUCCCAACAAUUUGCCAACACUUGGAUUGGAAAGUCAUACUCUUUCAUAUGAGGCUGAUGAGAUGGCAAAACAUUUAUUUGAUCGUCUCUCACAAGGGCACAUUACUCAGAGGAGAAAGCGUUCCACCCUCUUUGCUACAAGCACUCCAUCUUCUGCUCUGGAUAUCUUCCCACAUGUCAGUUCCACUCAGGCAGCUUGGGGUAGUACUGCACAGGACAACAGCAGCUCCAGCAAGAACAACACACAGCAACAGCUGCGAUCUCCCAGCCCCCUGGCUUCACCUGCUCAAACUGCUGUUAUUUCUCAUAGAAACUCUCUGGGUAAAGAGACCUUUUGUGAACAGCCACAGACAAAAGAAAUGGGGUGUGGUGUUGAAACGGACCCUAGCAAUAGCCAAGUCCCUGAGUUUGUUCCUGUAAUGGUUAAAAGGAAAGGUAAGUGUAAAACCAGAGAGAAAAAGACUGUUAAAAAAGCAAGAACAGGAAAAAAGAAAACAACUGCAGAAAGUUUGCAGAAAACAAACAAUGCAGAAAGUAGUCCUGAUAGAUCUCAAGGUGAAGAGUGUGCUCAAAACACAAAGAAGCUUCUUCAGCCACAAGUUGCAACAUGUUCUAGUGAGACUGAAAUCUGUGAGAUGGGGUGGAAGGCAUUUGAGGAGGCUUUUGACAAGAGGAAUAGAGACUGUGGAGAGCACCAUUCCCACUCUCCUGAUGGAGUCCAAGACUUUGGAAGUACAUAUGAGGGGAAUCCAGCACAGCUGCAGAGUCUUGAAAGUGUUGACUUAAUGCAACAGGUUAAGAAGGGACCUGUCUUUGACAUGCAAAAUGGAGUGUUGCUAAAACCCCCAGUUCAUACCUUCUCAAGUCAUGAAGUUCCCUCAGGUGAUUCCAGUCUACAGAAUUCUACAAAAUUCUCAAGUGUGAGCAGAAAGAGCAUCAGACAGAAAGCCAGCAGAAAAACUAGAGUAAUUAGGCAAAGCAAUGAUUCUGAUGAGGAAUAUCUGCCAAACACUGUGAUAAUUGCAGAGUCCAAAGCUGAAGAAUGGCCUAAAAGAAGCCAAACAAGCAGGAAGAAUACUGUCAGGAAUAGCAAUUGUGAUCAGAGAAAUGAAGUUAAUGUUUUUAGGCCCUGCAUAGAUGUUCAAAUAGUAGCUAAUGAGAGCACAAAGGAUUUGCCAGGUAAUCUAAAACAGCGCAGGGAAACAUAUAUUGUCCAUCCUUUGGAUCUUGCAGGAAAUGUGGGUUGUUUCCAGACGGAAUCUGAAGGGAGUGAAAAUGUACCUCCCAAGUCUGUUCCUGGGAGCAAAGUGAGCAAAAUCCCCAGAAGUGUUAAGAGCAAUCAAAAGAGGAAUAAGAAACAGACAGGGGGCCUUCAAGAAAAAGGGCAAGGUGAAGUUGACCACAACAUGAAUGCUUUGAAAAAAGAAGCCUCUUGCAAACCCAGGCCUCAGAUGAAAAGGAGCAACUCUCAACCUCCAGAGACCGAUUCCCUGGCCAGAAAAAGUGAUGGUGCCAAGGUUCUCAUUGGAAGUUCCACAGAACAUGCAUCCAAGCAGACUGUCCUGAUGGGGAAGUUUUCCUGCAUUAGCCAUCUGCUGUCUGAGCCGGAUGAUUUCCUGGAGGAGCAGCUACCUGAGACGUCACUUGCAGAUAGUCUUACAGACCUUUCACACAGUCUUGAAUCCUCCCAUGUGAGCAGUUCUGCAGUUUUGCCUGUCAGCUCCAGACUUACAGAAGUACCAGUUUCCAAGAGCUUAAGUACUGAGGGCAACAGAUUGCCAGCAAAACCCCCUGUUUGGUUGAAAAAAUCCCUGAUAUUUAAUGAAAAGACUGCAGAGGAAAUACCUGGGGAAAGGAGCCAAGUCCAGUCAAGUUCUUGGAGCUCACCUUCACAGGAACCUGAUAUCAGGCCACUACAGGACUUGAACAAUGCCAGGGUUCUGUCUCACUCCAGCUCAGAGGAAACAUCAGAGUGCUCAUCCAGGCGGAAACGGAAGCCAGCCUGCUACAAAGAGCCACCAAUCAAUAGGAAACUGAGGCAGGGUGACCCAUUUACAGACACCGAGUUCCUCCACUCUUCUCUCUACCAAAAAAAAAAGAAGCCUGUCAAAGCCAAGAGAAUGACCAAGAAGAUGAAAGAGAACAAAGAAUGGCUUUCUGAAGGAUAUCUCAGUCCCAACGCACAAGCUGAUAACAACAGAAAGGAUUAGAAUAGUGGUUGAAAGCAGCCCCCAAGCUCCUAGAAGCUCAUGCAUUUAGCUGCAAGGCUACAGCUUUGAACACAGAGGCCCAAGCAAAAAUGGAGGUGGCUGACCAAGCAGCUGAACUAUUCCAACUAAGGCAACCCAAGGACCAAUUUGACAAACUGAGCCUUGUGCCAUGGGUUUCUUCUGUUUUCAAAUCUUUGGGACUUGUGGGGUGGGGAAAGUGGUUGACACAAAUUGAUGGAUGUCUGUUUUGAUGAUGGGCAUGGCCCUUAUGUGCUGUGUGACUAGCCCCUAGCUAUCUUCUGCUUUCUUCCUGUUCUCUUCCCAUCUGCCAUGUAAAGCUCCCUGCAGCAGAAGAUGAGCUCUAUACCAACCAACAUUAAGGAAUAUUUGAAACACAGGGUGCUUAGGACCAGACCUAAAUGUGUCUUGUUUCAAACAUUGAGUAUUGCUAUAGGAAAGGUGAUUGGAGGAGAGGGUCCUUUGAGACAGAGCUGUUUAAAAACAUCUCCCCUUUUCCUAUCACUCCUUGCCCUUGUUAAAAAGUACCUCCUUCAGCCUUCUUGUAGCCCCUUGAGGAAGGUGCGAAAAGGUCUCCCUAGCACCUUCUGUUUUCCAGGCUGAACAACCUCAAUUCUCUCAGCCUGUCUUCAUAGGAGAGGUAUUUCAGCCCUCUGAUCAUCUUUGUGUUCCCCCUCUGGCUUUGCUCCAACAGGUCCAUAUCCCUCUUAAGUUGGGAAUCACAGAGCUGGACAACAGUACUCCAGAUGGAGUCAGUUGCAUUUAAGGAAAUCCUCUACUCUUCCAUUGCAGAACCCACUGGCUUCAAGCACUUGCUUUUUUUAGGGUUUACUGGUGUGACUUUGAAGGUUAUUGAUUCUAAAUGUUUGAGAGAAUGGUGGGGUCAAGAAGGGAUCACACCAGUAGUAAAAGGGAAGGAAAUAUGCCUGUUUGGAAGCAGGAAAAGUGUUUCCUCUUAGCAGCAGAACAGGGAGAGGGCUGCUCUUUUCUUCUGACCAUACUUGCUCUUUCUCCUCAGCACCAUCUAGCAGUUCAUGAGGAUAGGCUGGGUCUUGCUGUACUCUCUGUGUUCAGAGGACUCCAGAAGAUGGAAACUUCAUUAGUAGAGAGGAAAAUAGUGUCAUUGACAGUCAGGUAAAUGCUACUACAUAGCUUACGUUUAAGCUGUACUGUUAAGCUAUUAAAACUAGGAAACAAAAAGCCUGAUACUCAAAAAUGCCCUCUUAAUUAUUUGUUCAGUUUUCUGGAAAUUACCAAGCUUUCUCUGGCAUUCUGUAACUCUGGAAGUCAGGUAGGAGCUAGUAAAUAAUGCUUAUAACACUUGUUACAAGUGCUGUUGUAUUAGAACCUGCCUGUGUUGACCCACUGAUGUCAGAAGCCAGGCAGGAACAUAGAUCUCUUAAGUGUUCCCAGUAAUUGUUUUCAUUGCCUUUAUGGGUCAGAAAUGGGACUUUUUCCUGCUGCAUUUAUGUGCUUGUGCUAAUAACAGAAUAGUAGAUUGUAUUCAUUGACAUUCAAGGUACAGAAACAGCUGCUAGCAGUUACAGAGCUGUGCUUCAAACACAUGGUAAUACUAGCUCCUUUAGUCUAUUGGUAUCUCUGUCCUAAUCACCACCUCUAGCAGUCAGCUGGAGGGAGAGUGUUUGUUCAUGUGUAACCAGUUUCUCUUUUGCUGAACAAUGAUGUAUCAGUUUGUAUUAUUCCCCAAAUAAAAUUUCAAUGCAAGUGGUA